AUGGCGUGGGCGCGUGGCCCGGUAUCCAUUGGCCGAUUCGCAGCUUUGCAUCGCAGGAGAGGGCGCGGAGUCACUAAGCGAUCCGCGGAUUACCGAUCAAAUCGAAGAGAUAGAGUCGCAGCGCCAAUGCCCAACGACGUGAAGAGGAGACCGGCGAGGGAGGAAGGUCCGUACCAGUUUUUGGAUUGGGACAUUACGUAUGGCAAUAUCAGUCCUCUUGGUAUUUCACAACAGCAAUGCAAGAAUUCAUGGCAGGAUGGCGUUUCUGGCACCAACUGCACAAUCCCGCCCGGCCAGAACUUCACGUAUCGCAUGCAGGCCAAGGACCAAAUCGGCAGCUUCUACUACUUCCCAUCGCUGGCCUUCCAUAAGGCCGCCGGUGGCUUCGGCGCUAUCCGCAUCUACAGCCGAACAGUGGUUCCCAUCCCGUUCCCCCCGCCGGCCGACGAGUACACGGUGCUCAUCGGUGACUGGUACGCCACCAAUCAUAAGUCUCUGCAAGAUAUGCUGGACAGUGAAAAGGAAUUGCCUCCCCCUGAUGGCAUCUUGAUCAACGGCAAGGGUAGUGCGGACGGUGUAGCUUUCGCCGUUGAGCAAGGAAAGACAUACAGGCUACGCAUCUCAAAUGUUGGCCUGCAGAACACACUGAACAUCCGGAUCCAAGAGCACAACAUGACGCUCGUCGAGGUGGAGGGUACGCACACGGUGCAGAACACCUACAGCUCCCUCGACGUCCACGUCGGCCAGUCGCUCUCCGUGCUCUUCACCGCGGACCGCCCCGCCAAGGACUACCACAUCGUCGUCUCCACCCGCUUCACUAACGCCACCCUCCUCUCGACCGCCGUCGUCCGCUACGCCAGGUCAAGUGGCGCUGCUUCCGGGCCACUGUCCGCUAGGCCCAGCGACGUUGACUUCUCGCUCAACCAGGCUCGCUCCAUCAGCUCUGCGAGUGGACGGCGAUCGCAGAACGAACCUGACGGCGAGCGGGCCAAGGCCGAACCCCCAGGGCUCGUACCACUACGGCUCCAUCAACGUGACGCGCACCAUCCGGUUGGCCAGCUCGGCCGGCUGGUCGACGGCAAGCGCCGGUACGCGGUGAACGGCGUCUCGUUCGCGGAGGCCGACACGCCGCUUAAGCUGGCGGAUUACUACAACAUCAGCGGCGUGUUCCGGCUCGGUGGCAUCCCCGACGCGCCGCCGCCGGCCAACGGUACCGGCGCCGCGGAGGAGGUGCAGAACGAGACGGCGGUCAUGGACUCGGACCGCCGCUCCUUCGUCGAGGUCGUGCUGGACAACGGCGAGGACUGCGUCCAGACCUGGCACCUCGACGGCUACAGCGUCUUCGUCGUCGGGAUGGACGUGGGGACGUGGAGCGAGAAGAGCAGGGACGGCUACAACCUUGUGGAUGCUGUCUCGCGCUGCACCGUGCAAGUGUACCCAAGAGGGUGGACGGCAGUUCUGAUCGCGCUGGACAACGUGGGCAUGUGGAACAUGAGGUCGGAGGUGUGGGCGCGCAGGUACCUGGGCCAGCAGUUCUACCUCCGGAUGUACACGCCGUCGCACUCGUUCCGCGACGAGCUGCCCAUCCCGGACAACGCGCUCCUCUGUGGCCGCGCCGCCGCCACCAACAGCAGCAGCCGCCUACCCCUGCAGCGGCGGUACUAG